AGAGCAAUCGCUGCUUGAGAGAUCGGGCUCCAUGCAGAAUGUCGUGGUCCGCGCGUGCGAUGUCACAUCUGGGGCCUGUCAGCGCUUGAUUUCACUGGGAAGCUUCUCGGUUUCACCUUACGAGGGGUAAUGCGUUUGUGGCCACCCCCUUCCUGGGCAUGUCCUGGAAGGCGAUCCGUAAAUGCGUGUGGUUUGAUGUUCAGGUUGUGCUGGACUUCCUCCCAGACGACGUUGGCUGCUUCCACAGGGUCCCCGUUCUCUUUCCACCUGGGCCUCUCACAAUCGUUCUGCGGCUCUGGCCCUGCAGCUGUCCAGAGGCGAACCACGUGUCCAGGCUGACCGAGCUAUCGCAGCACAAGAAGCUCAUCUUGACGUGGAGACAGAUCUAUACAGGCGCCAUCGUGAGGCCGGCCUUCUCGCAGGGAGCGGACGUGGUCGCGGCCAGCGACCCACUGCUCCAGUGCAACGUGAAGAAGUUUGUCGGACGCGUCGGCAAAUGGGACCACGAGAAAGGGUACGGCUUCAUCGAGUGUGAGGAUACCUACCAGCUGUAUCAGCGGAAUGUGUUCUUGCACAAGGCACACUUUGUCGAUGGCCUGGUCGUCGGCGACACGGUCAAUUUCCACGUAGAGUUGAACGACAAGGGUUGGCCGCAGGCACGGGCCCUCUGCAAGCAGGAGCCCCUGGAGGAGGCGGUGCCCACCAAUUCCGCCGGGCUGCCGCUCCGGCCACAGGUCGGCACCUGCUCCUACUACGCAGCGCACGGGAGGUGCAGAUUCGGCAUGGGGUGCCGGUGGAAUCACCCGGAACUGGAGGAGAUGCAGACGCACCAGGGCCCGCAAGCGGUGACCCCACCGCCCCCGCAGCAGCUGGACUGGGUGUGCAGCAGGUGUGGGGACUACCAGUUCGCCCGCAACGUUGCCUGCCGCAUCUGCGGCACGCCGCCAGUCUCCGCCGACGGGGCGCCAGUCUUCGUCGCGAAGAGGCCCAUCGCCUGCAAGUUCCACCUUGCCGGAUUCUGCAAGCUCGGCGAGACGUGCUCCUUCCAGCACCCGGCAGCCCAGCCAGGUGGCGCCGCCGAGGCGGCCGCGACGGAGCAAGGAAGGCCCGUGCCCACGGUCGUCAAGAGGUCGAUCCCGUGCAGAUUCUUCCUGCAGGGCUACUGCCGCCUUGGCACGGGCUGCGACUACCUGCACCCGCAGGGCGCCCAUGGCGCCCCUGCCGUGGCCCAGGGCGUGCCGCCCGCGCAGAGCGUGCCGCAGGGCCCCGCGCAGACGCUGCCGCGCCUGCCCGUGGUCGUGACUGGGCCCGCUCACCGGGCAGCCCAGGUGCAGACUGUCAUCCUGCAGCCCCGAGCGGCUGCGGCGGCGCCGCGCGGGGUGCACUGCCUCGGCGCCCCACCCGCGCAGUCGCCGCCGGUCGUCUUCGUGACGCCGCCUCCGCCGCCAGCGCCGCCGCCCGCCGCGCUGCCCCCCUGUGCGCCAGCCGCGCCGGCCCCG